CCCUACAACUUGUGGUGGUGGUGGUGGUGGUGGAAAACAUGCCCAUCAUGCUCCUGCGGUCAGCUUGAGGUAUAUAAGAUCGCGGUCGGCUCGGAGAGCGUACCCUGGUGUUCUGCGUGCCUGUGUGAUGUUUUCUUGAGCAUCCAGGGGGGAAGGCUACCCUCGAACGCUCCUCGUCGACCCACUCCCGAGGACCGGUUUUCUUCAUCCCGAGUCGCUCUUUGACGGUCCCGAGGGCCUGGCGAGGGCCCCUAUAGAGGCCGUAUCGGCAGCCUUGAGACGGGGGUCAAUGCAAACGGGGGUCAGCCAGGGCGCCCGAUCUUGUAGGAUCUUGCACGACCAGGGUCGCAUUGACCCAGGUUUGGGUGCAGGAUCCUGCAGGAUCCUGCAGGACCCUUCGCAUUGACCCUGGUUUGGGUGCAGGAUCUGGCAGGAUCUUACAGGAUGCUGCAAGGCCUGACUGACCUGGGUCUGGAUUGACCCGGGUCAGAAGAUCCCCGACCGUGAAAUGCGAGAACCCUCCGUCCGGACUUUUUUCAAUGCGCUGGAUCUCUGGGUCCUCCACCUGCCGCUCCUCCGCCGAGGACGACAGCCGAGGACGAGGACGAGGAAGACAGCCGAGGACGAGGACGAGGCUGGGGCCCCCCCCCUCCGCCGAGGACGACAGCGCCGCGUCCGAUGUCGCCGUGGGCGUGGUCGCCGGGAUGCUGCUGGGCGGCGCCCUCGGCUGCAGGUCGGAGGAGGGCCCCUGGAGGCCCGACCUUCGGGGGCCCCGGCUCGCGCGGCGUGCCGUCGGAGCCGUGGCUAGCCGUGGAGGGCGAGCGCUCCGCCCCGCCCUCGGCGCUGGACCAGGCGGAGCUGGCGCGCCAGCGGCUGGAGCUGCUGCAGCGGGAGCACCCGGGCCGCGCCCUGCGGCAGCAGCUGCUCGCACAGCAGCAGGCUCAGCUGCUCGCGCAGCAGCAGGCUGGGGAACCGCCGCAGCAGGAGCCGCUGGCGCACCUGCCGCGCCUGUCGCAGCGGGAGCUGAUGCUGCAGCUCCGGAUGCAGCAAAUCCAGCAGCUUUACGAGCAGGGGCGGAUGGAUCGGGAUCGGGCCAGGCUGGCGGGCGACCAGAGCGAGCAGCAGGGCGCCCAGUGGCAGCAUGGCCAGGCACCGACGACGGCGGUGCGAACGGCCCACUCGCUCGCCGCGCAGCUGCAGCUCGAGCGGCAGCUCGAGCGGCAGCUCGAGCGGCAGCUCGCCUCGCAGCGGCAGCUGGGGCGGGGCUCGACCCAGGACGACAGGGCCGAGGCCGCGGCGGCCGCGCGCCGGGCGGAGGCCGCGGUGCUGUCGGCCGUGGGCAUGCUGCCGACGCGCGACCUGCGGGAGGAGGACGUGGACGGGGCGCCCGCUGACUGCAAGGCGUGCACCAUCUGCAUGGAGGACUUUCGCGCGGGGGACCGGCAGAAGACGCUUCCCUGCUUCCACCGCUUCCACCAGCAUUGCAUAGACAGGUGGCUGCGGCAGAGGGCCGUGUGCCCGAUCUGCAAGACGCCCUUGCUGCAGCGGCUGUGAGGGCGUACCGGAGGAAGAGAAUAUGGAGGGAGG